UGGACUGGCGAACCUUCUAGGGUGGCACCGACGACCUUGUUGACCCCGAAAGAAAUUAAGCGGGUUUAGAAAACUGACAACCCUUGGAGGUGAGGCGCUGAAAUCUAAUAGGAGAGCGAUUAAACAGAUGGAUGACAGGAAGUGGGGGAGUGGUUUCUCUGUGCUAACAGUCCCAACCACAACUCAGAGGUGAAUUUCCUAUGAAAUCCUACAGCUCUGCAGAAACAACUGCACUUGUUGUUGUUUUUUUUUCGGCGAAGAACAGCAUAAUCAUACUUGAAACACCACUGCAAAUGCUGGACUUUAAGGCACAAACAGGUAGUGAUAUCAUUGAAUUAUUUCUAAAAUUUGACAUCUUAUGUUCUAAAAGAGUUCCUUUAGUCUCACACAUUUACUGGUGUCUCAAAAUUGUGCAAUUUUUAAAAUAAAAAUAAUAAAAAUAAAUGUGUUUUUGAUCCUUUCACUUGUAAUGGCCACCCACUCUAGUGUUUUUUCAUCCUCUCAAAGUCUUCUGCAUCCCCCAAAAUGUUCUAGCUCCGCCCCCCGGUACAUUAAGGAUUUUUUUUUUUCUGCACAUGCGCUCAAGCAAGCUAAGUUUGCAAGGGAAAGUUGGGAGUUUGCGCUCGUUUAAUUUUUGCUUUCACACAUUUUACAUCUCAUAAGGUAAAAAAAAACACUAUGGGGGACUAAAGUUUGAAUAUGUUCAGCUACAAACCAUAGCAGAAUAGUUUACAGCUCUACCUUUAUUGGAUGCAGCAGCAGCAGCGGCGGCAGACAGAGGCGCAGAGCUCUGCCAGCAGCAUCGAUCAUCUUCAAUAAUGGGUCAUUCUCACCAUUGCCUGGAUCUUACCACUUUUUGGAAUGGGGCAAAGUGUGUUCCUUGCCAAUUAAGGCCAGGAUUUGAAGUUACUCCAAACUGUGGAAGAGACGACAACGGAGGUCGUCACGAGCUCGCUUUCAAAGAGUGUGCUCGCGGCACUUUCAACGACGGCUCGCGAGCCCAAUGUCGAGCUUGUUCCUCUUGUGGCCCCAAAAGUUUCCCCGAGAGAAACUGCACUACAACCGCUGACACAAAAUGUCAAGAACCAAACGUCACGACAGUUCCACUCACGACAAUCCAAGAUUUCACACCAGUUGAAGUUCCCAAAGAUGUCUCUGCUGCAGUGUGGGUGGUCCCGCUGUCCAUCCUUUGUGUGAUACUCUUGGUCUUCUCUGCAGUCUUAUUAAAGAGACACAAAGGAGGUUUGUGUGUGUUAGUAAAGCAAAAACAAAUAUUCCAAUUUUGUUACUUUACAAUAGCAGUUGUAACUCGUGGCAGGAUGUGCUGCAAAAGAAGAUCAAAGUAUGACAAGCCAGACUUCUUCUCUGGUUCUACCUCAACUGGUCAGAGUGAUCCAGAAGAAAUUCUCAGUGAGGACGAUGUCCUAUCAGCCCCGGUACAGACGCUGCUGGACGAUCUGGAUGUUCUGGAGCAGCUGGUGAUUCUGUUGGACCCAGAAACCCAAGGAAGAAAGAACACAAAGCAUCUUGCCUCCCUCUGCUCCUUUCCCUCCACCUGGGUCACCUACACUUACUCCAUGAGGGAGAGCAAAAGCCCCCUAAAGGCCGUGCUGGAGGGGGUUUCCAGCAGGCACCCGGACUGGACGGUGGGCCACAUGGUCAAGUUUCUCAAACAAAUGGACCGCAAUGAUGCCGUUGCUGUUCUCGGCAAGCUUAAACCGUGUACCUACACCCAGAAUUAUGUUUAACUUUUUAAAAAUAUAUAUAUAUAACGGAUUUCGAAAGUGGUACAUUCAGACUUCCAGCUUUUCAAAAUGUUAUAAAACCGAGCGUUGAAAGAGAAUCUUUCUUAUCUUUUUGCAUUUGCAUUUAGCUACUGCGUAUAAUAAUGUAGCUUCUUUUAUCUGUAUGACCUUUUAAAACAAACUGUGGUGUUCAGCAAUGAUUACAUUUUUAAAGAUUUUUUUUCCAACUGUAAUAACUUUUUAAGCUUUUUCUAAAAAAAAAUAAAAAAAAAAACAGUUUUUGAAGGCUGAUCUAAAUCUUUAAACAUGAAAACAAAAAAAGUCAACUUGCUCUGCCGUUUUACAUUCCGUUACUUUAGGACAAACAGGUUGUGCAACAGCAACUUUUGAAUGUUCUUUUACAGGCACCACACACUGAUCUACAAUCAAUUUUCUAUAUGUUUUAAAAAGUAUGUACAUUUAUCAAAUAUAAUAAAAAAAACUAUUACUUUGAGAACGUUUUCUUCAUUUUUUAUGAAAAAAAAGACACUUCUUCAAACAUCUUAACAUCUUUAUUAGGCAAAUAAAAUUAUAAAUAAAAAAAGUGCAUAGAAAAUUAAACAGGUUUAGAAAUAUGUAUACAAAUAUUUACAAACUCAGGGUUUAGUUUGUACAUGGUAACAAAGACUUAAAUUUAAAGAGCACAUAUUUUAAUCAUCUGUAUGUCUUUUACACUUUAAAAUAACCCUAUUAUUUAUAUAUAUUUAUAUAUAUAUAUAUGUGUGUGUUUAUAUAACAUUACAGGUUUUUUUGUUUAACAGAUCCUGGGAGAUGGUCGUAUUCAACGUUUGACUAGUGCUUCUGCAUCCUUCAUUGCACGCACACACACACACAAAGUAACAAACACACUUACAGACAGACAGAAUAGGAAUUUAAAACCAAGCUCUUUUUUUUUCUUUUAAAUCAUCCUCUUUUUGCAUCAGUAUCCCCAAACAUCUGUCUGAACAGCUGAGGUAGAAUCCUUGCAAGGAGUUGGGAGUGACUGCUCUUGUUGUCGAUGAGAUGAUUGACACGAGUUUAUCUGGGCUCCACCCCAGUGAUUGGACAUGCAGAAGGCAAAAUGAAAUUAAAAAUAAAAUAAAACACAAUGGGAUUUUUGUUCUAAAAAAAUGCCUUGGGAAGAGUUGGGGAGUGGAUAAAUAGAGGUCUGAUUUUACUUCUGGCUGAUCCUAUGACCAUCGACCACUUAAGAAAAGAAAGUUAAAAUAAAAAUCCUUAAAAAAAGAGCACAUCAGAAAGGCUUAAAUGUGACAACAGCCUCAAACAGGAAAUAAUUCAAGUAAAAAAAAA